GAUGAAGAGCAGUGAAUGCAGGAAUCGGUGUACCCGAUCAAACCAGUGGUCUAUGUUGUCCAAUAUCCUGUCUCCAAUAGUGAAAGAGGAACCACGUGUCUUCAGAGAGCAGCCCUCCAUUUCCCCAUCCCCCGACACAACGUGGCCACCUUCAGUGUUCUCGCUGGGCAGAAGUACAGUACCCAGGCAACUGAGACCAAAGAAGAGGAACCCCUGCACACUAUCAUCAGCAAUUCAGAGAACGUGAAAGGAGAAGCCUCCAAACAUGAGUUCCAGGCAGAGACGAAGAAGCUGUUGGACAUUGUGGCACGUUCCUUGUACUCUGAGAAGGAGGUGUUUAUCCGGGAGCUGAUCUCCAACGGCAGCGAUGCACUGGAAAAGCUGCGUCAUAAGCUGAUGUCUGAAGGGAAAGUCUUACCAGAGAUGGAGAUUCACCUGCAGACAGACAGCGAGAAGGGAACUAUCACCAUCCAGGAUACUGGCAUUGGAAUGACCCAGGAGGAGCUUGCAUCUAAUCUCGGCACCAUUGCUCGAUCUGGCUCAAAGGCAUUUUUAGAUGCCCUGCAAAGCCAGGCAGAGGCCAGUAGUAAGAUCAUUGGCCAGUUUGGAGUGGGCUUCUACUCUGCCUUCAUGGUAGCUGAGAAAGUGGAGGUGUACUCACAAUCUGCGGAGUCCGGAAGCCCUGGCUACCACUGGUCUUCAGACGGCUCAGGAAUGUUUGAGAUCGCAGAAGCCUCUGGUGUCAGAACUGGGACCAAAAUUAUUAUCCAUCUCAAAGAGGAGUGUAAAGAGUUUGCGAAUGAGGACAGAGUCAAAGAGGUGGUGACAAAAUAUAGCAACUUCAUCAGCUUUCCCCUCUACCUCAAUGGGCGACGCAUCAACACUUUACAGGCACUCUGGAUGCUGGACUCCAAGGAGAUUGGUGAAUGGCAGCAUGAGGAGUUCUACCGUUUCAUAGCCCAGGCUUAUGACAAGCCCCGCUACACCCUGCACUACAAGACGGACGCCCCCCUCAACAUCCGCAGCAUCUUUUAUGUACCCGAGAAGAAGCCAUCCAUGUUUGAUGUCAGCAGGGAGCUGGGCUCUAGUGUAGCCCUCUACAGCCGCAAAAUCCUCAUCCAGACCAAAGCCGCUGACAUCCUGCCAAAAUGGCUGCGUUUCCUCAGAGGAGUUGUCGACAGUGAGGACAUUCCCCUGAACCUCAGCAGGGAGCUGCUGCAGGAGAGCACCCUCAUCAGGAAACUCCGGGACGUUUUGCAGAAAAGGCUGAUCAAGUUUUUCAUUGACCAAAGCAAGAAGGACCCUGAGAAAUAUGCCAAGUUCUUUGAGGACUACGGGUUGUUCAUGAGAGAGGGGAUUGUGACUAUAGCAGAGCAGGAUGUCAAGGAGGACAUAGCGAAGCUGCUGCGUUAUGAGUCCUCAGCGCUGCCUGCAGGCCAGCUGACCAGCCUGACUGAAUAUGCCAGCCGCAUGAAGGCAGGGAGCCGGAAUAUCUACUACCUGUGUGCGCCCAAUCGGCACCUAGCUGAGCACUCGCCAUACUUCGAAGCCAUGAAGAAAAAGGAUAUGGAGGUGCUGUUUUGCUAUGAGCAGUUUGAUGAGCUGACGCUCCUGCACCUCCGGGAGUUUGAUAAGAAGAAGCUGAUCUCAGUAGAGACUGACAUCGUUGUUGACCACUAUAAGGAAGAGAAGUUUGAGGAGAGCCGCCCAGCUGCAGAACGCCUGACGGAGAAAGAGGCUGAGGAGCUGAUGGCCUGGAUGAGAAAUGCUUUGGGUUCUCGCAUCACCAAUGUUAAGGUGACUCCACGUCUGGACACCCAUCCGGCCAUGAUCACUGUGCUUGAGAUGGGGGCUGCCCGCCACUUUCUGCGCAUGCAGCAGCUGGCCAAGACCAACGAGGAGCGUGCCCAGAUCCUGCAGCCCACACUGGAAAUAAACACUGGGCAUGCACUGAUCAAAAAACUCGAUCAACUGAGGGUCAGCCAGCCUGACUUGGCCCAGCUGCUGCUUGAUCAGAUUUAUGAGAAUGCCAUGAUAGCAGCAGGACUGAAUGAUGACCCCAGACCUAUGGUGAGCCGUCUAAAUGAGCUCCUUACCAAAGCCCUGGAAAAACACUGAUCCCCAAACUGAUCGAAGGGGCAAGCUCUGUGCCAGGUAUCAGCCGCAGUUCCUUCAAGCACAACUUCCACUGUCAGCUGAUGGAACAGCCGUCUGGUCCCAGACUCCGUACAGUGAGACUAGAAUCUCUGCAGGUCUGCGUGGCACAUGAAUGUGCUCCCAAGUUUCACUUUAGAGAGAGGUUCCAGUUGUAAGUACUGGGCUGUGUAUUACCCUUCCAGAAUGGCAUCAUCCAGCUGAGAUCAAAACCAGGAGAUUAUCGCUAAAAUGAUUUGCCAGGAUUUCUGAGCUUGGCUCCAAAGUUCUAAUUUCAUAUUGAUUCCAGAAACAGUCUUUCCCAAUAGCAAAAUUGACAUCAGGAGUCCACACUAGCUCCAUGAAACAGCCCCAGAUACCCAUUCAGGAAUUUGCCCUUGUACACUGUGGGCUCAGAACACCAGCUUCGGCCGAGCAAAAUGAGUUUGUCACAAAACUUCCACCCAGUGGUUAGCAGGCACCGGGAUAGAUGGUUGCCAUUAACAAACAUAGGUCGGAGUGGUGUGGCAGAUAAGGUAGCUGAGCCACUGGAUAACUGAACUCAUCUCUGUAUCUGGGGAUAUAUUUGACAAGCUCACUUGGCAUUUUGAACAGUUUUUCCAGGGUUUCUGCCUCCCUUGUGGUAUAAUUGGCAUGCCCUAGGUAAUCGCUGUUCUGCUUAUUUAUGUUAAAUAAAUUCUUCAUUUAAUGAUACCUUCA